AUGGUCGGUCCACCCGUCAGCACCCGGACUCGCCUUCAUCACCAGCAGAUCCCGCUGGUUUCGCCUCCAGAUGAGGACACAGUCCAUCAGGUGCCACUGACUCAAUCGAGGAUGCAUCCAGGUGGCCUUUUUCGCGUUGGCAGGCAGAAGAACGUGUUCGUCAGGACGAAUCGGCGUUCUGUGCAGGUGCGGAGAAGGAGCAGGUCAUUGACAUUGUAGCCACGGAGACCAUGGGGAGAGGGCGUUCCUAUCCAGGCAGCAUAGUCUGCGCCGAUGCGGGCGUCAAAGUCACCCAGGGCAAUCAUCUUAUCCGCCUACGACACACUGGACAGGAGGGCAUACAGGUUCCCGUAGAAUUUGUCUCUUGUAGUAUCAGGAAUGGUCAUCGGUGGAGUGUAGACGCUGAUGAUGGUGGCGAAUUUGUUUCCCCAAAGAUGCAGACGGAAGCUCAUCAGGCGAUCGUUGAUGGUCUGCGGCAGACAGGACAGUCGUCCUAUGUUGCGGUUCCGGAUGGCAAAGGCGACACCCGUGUCCCGACUCUCUGCCUUGGGGCGACCGCUCCAGCAGAAGGUGAAGCCGGCACACACCUCCUCCAGUUGGCGUUGUUCGGAUAA